GAGGGCCCCCCCGCGGCUGCUGGUGUUGGAGCUUGUGAAGGUUUUUGAGAAGUUGGAGCGGAGUAGUGAAAGCGGAUCCCGGUGUUAGGAGCUCUCAGCGGAUCAACACAAAACACCUUAUAACAUGUCCGCGGAAAUUAAACCAAGGAAGAGAAGCGCUGCGGUCCCCGGACAGAGCGGCGGCGCUCGGGCACACCCCGUGACAGCGGUGGCUGAGCAGCCCGAGCGCGGGCGCUGCAGGAAGGACAGCCCGCGGAGGCCGCAUGCGGAUGUGAGGACAGCGCUGUGUGUACUCUCGCUGCUCGCCAGCGCGGCACUUGGAGGCCUUAUAUUUCAGCAGGCGGCCAAGUUUGCUGAUGUGGAAGAAAAGUACCAAUUACUGUACAUGAAAUCUCUAGCUGUCCAAGACCUCAAAAAGGAAAUUAGCAAAAUUUCAGAAAAGUGUGAAAAAUCACAAGAAAAUCUGGACAAAUUUAAAGGCCAAUCACUGAUGGCACAAAUAGAAGACCUGCAAAUCGAUGUCAAUGAAAUGAAGUCAUGGUCAUUCAGCAUCACAGAGAAAAGAAAUGAGAUGUAUGAAAAAAUAGUUUUACUAACUGAAGCCAUUGAAAAGAUAGGAAAUAGCACAGCUUACAUAUCAAAUGAUGUCACCACCAAAAUUUCUGGCAUCAGAACUGACAUGAGACGCACGUCAGGUUUAGAUUCAGAUGUUGUUUCAUUGAAAGAAUCUCUGCUUGACCUGGAAAACAAAGCAACUGAAGUGGAGAAAAUGUUCAUCCUUAAGAUAGGGGACUUAGUAAUAAAAAGUGUAGAGCAGAUCACACAAAUUAAGAAAGCACUCUCCAAAAAUACAGAGGAAAUUAAGUUUGUACAGAAAAAAAUGGAUGAAUUGAAGGCUAAAGAUGACACAUUUUCAGAUAGAUUUGUUAGUCUGGAAAAUAGUAGAGCAAAACUGAUUAAGACAGUUACAUUCGCCAAUGACCUUAAACCAAAGGUUUUCCAUCUCAAAAAGGAUUUGUCUGUUCUUGAGUCACAUGUGAAUGAUCUAAUUGGGAGAAUUGGUCAGCUUUCUUCUGCCUUAUUAAAGAAAAAUGAGGAAAUUGCUGUGUUGAAUAAACAAAUAUCGAAUUGCACUGUGAUUCCAAAUGAUGUAAAGGAUUUGAAAGACCAGCUUGAUCAGGUCACUGAAAUGGGUUGAUAAUUGUGCAUCUUACACUAGGGUAAUAGGUUUUAAAAAAAAAACUCUUUUGAGCAUUCAAUUGAGAUUUGGUCACUUGUUUUGCCACUAUAAGUUUGAACCUAAAUGGCCCUGCAAUGAACAACAUGUUACAAAAUGUCAUUUAGAUCACUUUCCAAAUGAGUUGAGAAGUAUUGCUUUAGUAAUUGAUAUGUAGUUUUUAAAAAAAAAAUGCUCUUAAAACACCCUGCACCCUAUGAAGUCAAAUAUGUUUCAUACAAUAAGGGAUGAAAUUCAUCAUGCGAAUGUUUUUCAUAAUUUCUUUUUUUUAAAAAUAAAAUGUUUUA